AAUUCAGAGUGUGUUCAUUGGCCGUCGGGAAAAUACGGGUUACCUAAAGUUACAUCCGGGUGUCCUUCGUCGUAUGGAUUCCGCUGGAGGACUGGAUGGCGAUUUCAAGACACAAACAGCUAUUAUUCAAAUAACAGAAAGUCCGAAGAAUUUCACCUUGAUGGAGAAGUGGACAACAAAAAAGUAAACAGGUCGUUCUGCAUUAAAACGAAUACAGUCAACGACCUCGAAAACAGUAGGCCUUCCUGGCCCUCAGGUUAGCAAAUUUCUGCUGGUACAUUCCUACAAGAUAACAUGAUAUUUAUUGAACACAGAAAUGAAAGUAUUUUGUAUGCGGAUAAUUUCUUUUGCUUCAUCUUCUUUUUUUUUUCGUUAUGUGUAGCACAAUUUAAUUAGAUGUUUCAUAAUCCAUUUUAACUUAUUUUUCAGUUUGCGCGGUUUCCUUCGUUCUUUUUAGGGGAAUAUUUUACAUAACCCCUCAUUACUCUUCACUGUCUGAAAAGUUGGUGGCGGCUUUCUUCAAAUAUAUAUAUUUUUUGUUUUAUUCUUUUGUUUACUUCUUCAUCGCCUUACCGUAAGGAUCAGUUUGCCGUUUCAUAUUUUUCUACAAGUUUAAUUGUACUGAUCCAGGUCUAAAACUGGGAGAUCCGGCACCACUCAUUGGUUUGUCGCUGUGGACUUGCCGACAUUUUAUAUAUUUUUUAUUGUAACAGGGGUGUGCGGGGCUGAAAUGAACAAUAGCUGAAAACAAUAACAAAACAAUUCAAUAUAUAUUUCCCCUGCUCCUAUUCCCCCGGUCAUAUUCCCCUCGACAUGUUUAACCAUCCCAGUAAAACAACAGGAGUCAGAAUUUUGAAUUUCGGUUUAAUGAACUUACCACAUUUUCGUGGACUUCAUUUUCUUCGUUGGCAGUUGUCACAGAGCAAUGCUCUUCAAACUAAAAAUUCGCAUCACCAGCCGCGUCACUUUUAAACAAAUUUGACAUAACAUCUCCAACGUCUACCUGCGAACAUCCUGGUUUGCAAAGUGACUCGUUGGACGACUGACACAAACUGAAAUCUGUCGCAGUGGGAGGUCCAAAAGAGUUUCCAAAACUGUGCCUUAACGUUAAGAAUACUUUUUUCUCCGAGUCACUCAUCUCUUUUUUGGUAAAACCUACUGCUUGACUACUUCACAAGAAUUGGCCAAUUUCCAUAUUUUAGAAUUCAACCUCAAACAAUUCGAGGCUCUUGGGAAUAGGCACCUCUAAAGAAUUAAUUUAAAGCUUUUUGCUUUAGGAAAACUCACAAGUUAAAAAGAAGCACGUUAUUUACCUGUCCCUCGGGGAUAUGUGAUAUACUCACCUGGUGCCGCCCCGAAGGGGCAGCCCGAGGGGCGGUACUAGGUGAAUAUUCCAUACCCCCUCGUUCCAGGUAAAUAACCCUUACUAAAUUUCGUUAAUACGUUUUUUCCUGACUAAAUUAAUGAAACUGAUUUCUAGUAAUUGGAAACAAAUAUUGUUACGUUUCUCAAGAAAGUUUACAAUUUAAGGCGGGGCAUGCAACGCUUUAUACUCUUAUUUACAUCUUAUCCUCUCUAUAGGUAAAUACUGUGUUUACAAGAAAGGUUUACUGUGCCCGACAGGGCUAACAAAUGGUUUUGUUUACUGGGAUGAUGCUGAUGAUGAUGACGACUACUAUAAUUUGAACAAAAAAGGUGGAAUACUUCCUUCCGGCAGAUAUGAAGGCGGUGAUACAAAAAUAAAGUUUUGCUGCAAAACAGACGGAAAUAAAAGUGAGCCAAUCCUUCUUCCCACUGAACUCCCAUUUUUUCUGUUGGCUUACGGAUCAAAGAAAUGUCAAAUGGUCAAAUGGGCGAUAGCGACCCCGGAAUGGAUAUAUUACGACACAGAGGAUAAUCAAAACAUAGACGAUAGGGGACGGUAUUAUCCCUACAAUGCAGGAAAACAACAUCCGACCAUAUAUUACUGUUACUACCGAGGUUAGUUACCCCAUGGCACUGUAGUAAGCUAUCCUAUCACCAUACAUCCAUGAAAUUUUGUAUUAACAUGACAACUGAUUUACUGUCUAUUCAGUUGACCGUCGAAUGCACAGUUAAAAACAAUUCAGCUUUUAACAAUAAUCAACAGAUUUAUGAGGCUAAAAAUCCAAAUUGUACUGUUAAAUUCUUAUUACGCGUCCAUUUUAACUGCUCGACGUUCUCCUAUAAAGGGCGAAAGCCUUAAGGCAAAAAAAGACGUUCAACUCCAUUGCACUUACACUAAACGAAUUUUAAUGUUUGGUACUCGCAGUGAUCCGAUCUACCAGGUUUUUCUCACUUGAAAUUAAUCCUGAACUUGCUCACAUGAGAACAGAGGACAGACAUGAGGUUCCAUAAGGCAUUAACCCUUUCACGUGCUACUCGUUACCUAUCUUUAAGGAUGUAA